AUGCCUGGCCGCGCCCUCCGCAUGCUCCCCGCCUCCCGCACAGCCCUGGGCGCCUCUUCCAACCGGGUCACCCUUAUUUCCCGCCCUCGCCGGCCACGGGGACCAGGCGGCGCGCGACCCCCUGGGGCUGGGCUCUCGCGCGGGGCCCCCGGAGGCCUCGUCUUUGGCCGGCCCGGCCUGCGCUGCUCCCGCCUGGCUGGUUCUCGAGCCCGACGCCCCCAGCCUCGGGGCAGCGCCCGGUCGCCGAGGGGGACGCAAGCACCGCCCCCUACCCCUGGGACUUCCCUCCGCGGCCGGCCCUUCCCCGCCGGGGAGAGACCGCUUACCCGCCCGCAGCCUCCGCGUCUGUUCCGCACCACGUGCCCUGGCCACGCCCCCGGCGCGGGCCCGCCCCGCCCGCGCGUCCCCGUCCGGGACCGGAGAGCUGCGACGCCCGGCGCGGCCCCGCCCCCACGGCGCGGGCGGGGUGGGGCUGAGAGGUUAGGGGCGGGGCGCGCGCCCCAGCGCCCCAGGGCCCGAGACUCCGUGGAGGCGGGGGUAUUGGGGCUGCGGCGGCGGCGGCGGCGGCGGCGGGCGCUGCCCUCACCCGUGCUUCACGCUCGGUCCCGCGUGGCCCAGGCCUGGUGCUUCCAUGGGCGGCCGGGCGUCGCCAGCUCCCCUCACCCUCCGCGCGUCCUCGCCGCCGCGCCCCCUCCGCCGAGCCUGCCGGGCGCCAGCCGAGCAGAGCCGGGCCGGGCGCGGGCCAUGGCGCGGGGCGGGCGCGGGCGCUGCGGGCGGCGCGGGCGCUGCGGGCGGGGCGCGCUGCUGGCCUGCGCCGCGUGGGCCGCGGGCUGGGUGCUGGCGGCCGCGCUCCUGCUCCGCGCGCACCCGGGCGCCCUCUCCGAGCGCUGCACGGACGAGAAGAGCCGGCGCAUCCUGGCCGCGCUGUGCCGGGGCUACCGCGGCGGCGAGCUGGAGGGGGACCUGUGCGAGGACCUGUGCGUGGCGGGGAAGCUGCUGUACCGGCGCUGUCUGUACUACGAGCCGGGCAAGAAGGUGCUGCAAGCCGACUGGCGCGGCCGGCCUGUCAUCCUCAAGUCCAAGGCGGAGGCCUUCUCCAGUUUCCAGCCGCUCGGCUUGCUGGAGGACGGCCUGGAGGAGGCGGGCCAGGCCCUCUCGGAGGCGGACCUCCUGCUGCUGGUGGCCGGCGAGGUCAAGAGCACGCUGGGCCUGGAGCUGUCCAGCCGCAGCCUGGGGCCGCUGGGGCUGGGGCGGCGGGGCCCCGGCCGGCGCGGGCGGCUGGCCAGCCUGUGGGCGCUGCUGCGGCAGGAGGAGUUCGCGCUCCUCAGCGUGCUGCAGGGCCUCAGCCCGCACGCCCCGCCCGUGCUGGGCUCCUGCGGCCACUUCUACGCCGUGGAGCUCCUGGCGGCCGGCAGCCCGCGGCUCGGGGCCCUCUUCCCCAUUGGCCGGGCCGCCGGCGCCCCCCGGGGCCAGGCCAGGGCCGUCAGCGGCAUGGCGCUCAGCUUCCUGGACAUGGUGCGCCACUUCGACCACGACUUCUCCCACCGCCUGCACCUCUGUGACGUCAAGCCCGAGAACUUCGCCAUCAGGAGUGACCUCACGGUGGUGGCUAUUGAUGUGGACAUGGCCUUUUUUGAACCUAAAAUGAGGGAAAUUCUUGAGCAGAACUGCACAGGCGACGAAGACUGCAAUUUCUUUGACUGUUUUUCCAAGUGUGAUUUGCGAGUCAACAAGUGUGGAGCACAACGAGUCAACAGCAACCUGCAGGUCAUCUGUGACAAAAUUUUCCGCCAUUGGUUUUCCUCAACUCUCAAGAGCUCUGCCAUUUCCUUCCAGCUGCAGCUGCAGCUCCAAGAGGCAGCAGAGGAAUGUGCGGACCCAGGAGGCCCUGCUGGGAGCCCUCGGGGACCAGCCCCUGCCGUGUUCUGGAAGCUUCAGCGCCUCCUCCAAGCCUCGCUGAGGGAACUGCAGGAGGCGGAGAAGUAGUCACACCUGGCCUUCAAGAUGCUUGCUGGGAGGUGACCUUCAGCUGAGAUGCUUGCGCGUUGUAAAGAGACAUUUUCACUAUGCAAAUGAACUGUCUCUAAGACACCACUGCGGCCUGAAGUGUGACAUCGCUUCAAGCCGUCUCAGGGCACGUUAGCCGCCCUCCUCCGGCUCCUCUCCAGGCCCCACUUGCUUGACCACAGGAAAGGCCCGUCUCUCCUUUGACACCUGUGACCGUGUGUGAGUGUGUGAGCGUGCACAUGUGUGGGUGAGCGUGCAUGUUGUACAGGUGUGUGAGUUGUAGGUAUGGGGUGUGUGUGCACACCUACGUGAGCAAGUGAGCGUGUGGCGUGUGUGUGCUGGGCUCCCUAGCGUGUCCUCCGGGACAGCUCACCCAGCUAGCCGAGGAGAGCGAGUUAAAGACAAUGGAGAGAAAGAGCUGCAACUUCGGAAAAUGUAAUUUGGCUGGAGAGCGUGUGAAGGGCAGCUUCUCACGGUUCCUGUUUUGAGGUGUCCGUGCGUCCGGGAGCACUUACCACUGCAGGGAGCCCUCAGCGCCCAACACAGGUUCGCCCAGUGCCAGGGGGUCUGGCCCCUCGGGACCUGGAAGGAGAGUGGGUCCCACGCGACCACUGACUACGGCACAGGCAGGAGGGAGGCCAGCACCCGUGUGCCUGUUGAAUGCAGAGCAGCCCUGGCACCGCCUCACACUUUGUGGACUCACUUUCAGUGGAGCUCCUGGUGGAGCGCUGGUGUGGGAGGCUCAAGCCGGAGGAGACGCAUUCUGGUCACUCCCGGGAGGGACAGGCGGCGAAACCCCGGGCCCCCAGGCACAGCCUGGAGAGACCUCGUCCAGGGGACGGGCAGUGCUCAGCAAACCCUCGGCUGGUCACCUUACUGGUGGGCCGAGGAGGACGCUGCGAGAGAAUAAGGAAAAUCUGUUGGCAGUUUACAACUCAGAAAAGAUAAAUUAAUCUGAAGUUUAAAAAAAAAUCACAAAUUGACAAAUUCCAAGGUCUUUCUCGUUUCCUUACUCAAACCCCUUCUGAUCAGAUCAAGGGGAAUUCCUGCUGAUGCUCGUUAGGAUGCAUUGCUCCAGCCCGGCCCCCGGGUCAGCGCCAGGCCCACCGAGGAAUCACGCGGGAGGAAGAAGAUAACCGAAGGCCCAGGGCUUCUGAACUCUGCGGCUCCUACACACGUUUGUUUGGAGGCGCAUGGCUAUCUGCUAUUCCCAAUCCCUCAUCCAACACCUCCGGCAUUUUUCCAAGUGACUGAAAUCCCUCGGGGUCUUCUCUCCCAUACUUAUGAGUCACUCUGCAUUUGCAUUCUUUGGCAGGAAGAAAGCACCGCGUCAGUCAUUCUGCAGCCAAGUUAAUUAAAACCACAGAUUGAUGCAGGCCUUGGACUAGUAGAUUCUGAAAGAAGAGAAUUGGCUUCCGUGUACUGAGUGGAGGCUCCUGUUUCUCCAGAGCUGUGUGCCCUAUGAGCUUGUUUUCUGCGGUUGUGCAAGGCUCCCCAAACACAUGGACCAUCUUUAUGAGCAAAAGGUUUCCCUGAAGAUGGGUGUGAGAUAGAAGCAGAGGCAGGGAGCAACAGAGGUUUUGUGGUCUGUGCCCUUAGAACUGUUGGCUUUUGCAUCAUGAGGGCAAAUGGGUCUCCUGUGGGCUGACCCAGGGAUUACAAAGCCUCAUUAGCGCUGGCUCUGAGCUAACUGGCCUGGCAGCAGAGCUGGCUGGCGGAAAAAAAGUUCAUUUUCAUUUCCACCAAAAUGGAAACAAAUGUUUUUUUGUUUAUCCUGGAGACUGUGCAAUAUGUAAUUACCCAAAACAAUAGUGCUUUUAUUGUUGCAAAGAAGCAGCUUUAUCCCUUCCUCACCCUUGUUUGACCACCCCAUACACACACACCCCCGACACACACACACACACACACACACACACCCCUUUCUCAUCCGGCCUGGAGAUUGCAUUUACUGCAGUGUCUCUUAAACUAUCUGUGAUGAAGUCCAGGUUUUGUUUUGUUUUUUUAUUUCAAACCCUUACAAAAUAAUACUUUUAAAUAAUACAAUAAACAAACACUGUUGUAUUGUUUGUUAAUGGGACAAGUGAGGUGUUCCUUGCUUAUCUGAUUGAGCACCCACCCUGCUUGGAGAUGAAUGCUUCUACCUAAAUGAUUUCUAUGUUUUGUUUUAAUAACUUGCAGAGUAGACAAAACACUCUGAGAGAUCACCAAGCACAGGCUAGUCCUUCUCAAGUUUUAUCCAAAUUAAAACAAAGAGUGCUUUAUUCACCUCCAGUCCCUCAUCAGAAGUUAAUUUUCACAAUUUAUCUUAAUAAAUUUUAGUUAAAAAUAUCUUUUGAUGAAGCAAUUCCAGAUUUUAUGCCCUGCUGGACUCCAGCUGACAAACCUUAACUACACAGAAGUUGGAAGCAUUCGGGCCAUGUGUCAUUGAGCACCUGGGCGGUGCCUGACUGGACGUCCCAGCAGCAUCACACGGCUACGAACACUGCCAGACCCUCCUCUCAAUGUUCUCCUCCUCACAGGAAGUGAGUAGCAAGCAGUUCAUGUAUGUGCCACCACCAGGAAGGCCUCUUGGCUUGCCUCCCAUGGGUCCUGCCCCUUGCUCAGCACCUGUCUGCUCAGGAUGAAUGCCCAGGGUGUGAAAUUAUUGGAAGAGCAGCUAUUUUUAAAACUUGAUUUAGAGGCUGUUUUUUAGUAGCUGCGAGUGGAGAACUCUGGCUGGAAAUUCUGAAACCAGUGGCCAUUUACAGUUUAUUUACUGUGCUUGCACCUGACAGUUGGUAAAAAAAUGCCACCCUGGCUCAUAACAUAUGGGAUCUGUCCCACCUUUUGGAUGCUGAGACCCGUAUUGAAGCCUUUGGUACCUGAUGUUGGCCUCACCCAUGCAUUUUCCAGUGGAGUAUGUUUAUGAUGUCACAUGACUGCCGAGGUGAAGCUUCAUGAGAAAUCCUACAGGAAAAUGUCAAGAGCAGAGCGGGUGCUGCCGGCCUACUCUGAGGUUCUUGGGGGGGCAACAGAUGUCAGGAGUCUGGGAGUUUCCUUCCUGUCUUUAGGAGAUGCCUCUGAACUUCAGAAACAUGCCCACCCUUCUCUGCCUCUUCCUUGGGGCACACGGGGUCCAGCCCCCUCUCUUCUCUUGAAAAGCUGCCAGCCCCCCUGG